UGUGUGAAAGGUUUUUUCGAAAUGGAAUCUGAGAUUGAAUUACUUAGACGGGAGAAUGCCAGACUUGUAGCCAAGAUCACUGGUCUUGAGAUGGAUACUGUUGCAGAUAAUGUUAGGCGUGAUGAUGAAAUUGCUGAGCUGAAGGCCGAAGUAGUGAAACUAAGGGAUGGUAAUGAGGGCAAACUCCCGAGGUUGCUAAUUUACCUAGCUCCACUAUAG